AUGAGCGAAGGAGGACAAGUGAUCAGCGGCAAAUACUGGUUUCAUUCGAUUGUACCCGAGAGGACCGCUAUGGCUCCUUGUGACAUGAAAACCGAAGGUGAAUUCAAGUGUUUAUCAAUUCACAUCUUCUACCGACCAAAAACGGUUUACUGCUAACAAAAGCGUUGACAGAGAUUUUAUGGGUAGAUUGCAACCCCCAGCCCCCCUCCUUCUCUUCUUCAAAAAAAAUCAAUUCACUCGUAGGGGGAAAUGAAAAAAUAAAGAAAAACAAAAUAAAAUAAAAAUAGUAAGAUAUCUGACGGAAACAAAGCUAUGGAAGAAUGCUAUCAUCUCUCUUAAACUGAUCGAUUUGAGAACAGGUAAAAUAGAAUUGAAAAAUCUCUUUUUUGACCCAGAGAUAAUCAUUCAAUAGCAAAUUGUUCUCACAUCUUUAUGGUGACGAAAUUUCACGAAUAGGGGAGGGGAAAUUUUGCUUCCUGAAGGAGCGGCAGAGUAAAUUUUGGCUUCCGCCGGAAGAUAUGUGAGAAGCAUUUGGUCUGAUGAAUCCACGAACAAGUCCUAAUUCAGCAAAUACCCUCCUUUUGCUUUUCAACCGAUCGCAAACUAUGUUGUUUUUUUAAGACUUGGACAAAUGUAAUUCAACAAUUCCCGUGUGUGACGUCAACGCAGAGUGCGUGAACACCAUCGGUUCUCACAUUUGCUCGUGCAAAGCGGGUUUUACUGGAAACGGAAAAAAGUGUGUCGGUAAGUUAUUGAAAUGACUUUCAUUAUUGCCUCAAGUAAUUCACUUUAAACAAAGCAAAACCAGAACAAUCCCGGCUUAACCAGGACACUCGGUUAAAAAUUGCUUUAUGACCGAUUAGAAUUGUCCCCCAAGCAAUGUCAUGUUCAAUUGCUUAUAAGGCGAGACGCUUUCGCCAAUAACCGUCAUUUUCGAUGGACUCUUGCUCUUGAGUUCAAACCAUUUAUUUUUUAUGCAUUCGUUCAGAUGUCAACGAAUGUGCCAAUAAAUCGCAUGACUAUGACGUCAAUGCCUACUGCAACAAUACCGUUGGUUCCUAUCGAUGUAGCUUCAAUUCCUGGUACCAAGGAAACGGAACAAGCUGCUAUUUUGGUGAGUUUAACUAA